AUGGAUCAGGGUUUUCCCAGGGCGGAGAUGGACAAAGCCAGCGAAGCUCUUCGGAGGAUGAAAAAGACCGGUCCAGAGAUCGAGAACACCCCGCAGAUGCGUGAGCUGUGGUGUGCGUUGCGAUCCGCGAUGAAGGAUGGCGCCCGCGCGGACGUGCGCAUCCUCGCCUCUCAGCUCAAGGAUUGGAAAUGCUCUUACUUCGCCACCGCGAGUUUCGAACAGUCGUAUCUUGUCGCCCCAAAUGGUGACGAGCAGCUCGCGACGCACAAGACUGUCAAGGAGUGCACCAUGCCACCCGAGUCUUUCGAGCACCUGCCACCGAACGUGGGCGCGUCCAGUUUCUACAUCAUGGACAAGCGGGCCCAGAGGUUGGUUGAUCUCGGCGACGGGGUGCACGAGAUCAGAGCAAGAAUGGGCAUCCGGAAGUCCAAAUCAGUGAACCCCCGCGCCCUCGGCAACGGGGCGCACGCGCGCAGCAGCGGGGAUGGGUCCGCGGCGGCGCCUGGAGGCAACGACGCCGGCGACAAGGAAGGGCUCCGCAGCGAAGGCCAGCCUGCGCCGGCGGCCCGCGGAGACGGGCCGCCGGAGGCGAAGCGCCCUCGCAUCUUGGAGCGCCCUCCGGACACUGUGAAAAAGUUGCAGGACGCCGUGGGGAUGUGCGCGACGGAGUUCGACGCUGAGUGCGAGAGAGGGAACCUGGUGAGCAGCCACGCUCUCCAGUCGAGCGCAGAGUUUUGGAUGCGGAAUUUUGUGGAUAACCUUUCAAGGCAGUGGCGCGAGUGGAAGAGAGUUAACAACGGCGGCGCCUCCUUGGAUGACCAGGACAAGUUCGCCAGCCAGCUCGAUCCGUUCAGCAAGGAGUUCUUGCCCUUCAGCAUCAGGCACUUGCUGGCUCGGCCGUGCGCGGAACACCUGUCGGCCUUCACCAGUUUGCACAAAAAGAUUCAGGUUGAGAUCCCCAAACUCUCCCCCGCGCUUGCCAGCGUCUUGAUUGACUUGGUGGACAAGGGCGCAGGUUCCAUUGUCGACAUUGACGAGUCCAACCUCGAGUUGCAGGAGAUAGCCGACUUGCACAAGUCGACAUUGAUCGCACAGAUCGUGGAGAUGCGCAUCAGCGGGCUCCUGAAGGCGGCGCAGGAGGACACUGCGAAGGCCGACGCGGUGCGCCUCUCCGCCGCGAAGCGCUUGCUCGCGAUGCGCGUUGAGGGGCGCCAGAGGGCGUCGUUGCAGGUGGCGCGAACGUUCUUCGGCCCCGCGUACAUGAGCGAGAAGCUGAUCUUCCUGAUGGGCGACCCGAACCAUGUCGGCUUCUUUUCAGAGUGGAAGCCGUCGGACGGUGGAAUCCUGAAGUACAAGGGAUUCUGCAUGGUGGACGGCGCGUUCACAACCGUGACGCCCAGCGACUUCACGAAUAUGGCCAUGCGGGUCGUUGCGGCCGGCGACGCUUGCGCGGGGAAGGUGAAGCACGUCGUGGCGAAGGACUUGCUUGCAACGAUGAAGAUGCUCUUCCAGGCCCAGGUGGAGAACAAAACGGUCUGCCUGACCAAGUUUGCCGGCUUCGCUCCCAUUUUCCAUCCAAUUUUCUCGCGCGUCGCCGCGAGUAAACUCGAGCUGAUGGCAGAGGAUCCCGAGCCCCCUCCAGCUUGCGAUCUCGCCCGUAGUCACCCCGAGGCCCAGGCGUUCCUCAGGCGCGCUGCCGAGGUGCUCGGCGGCUCCCCGAGACGCUUGCCAGGGGCAGCUGCGGAGUGGCUCCGCGGCGAGCUUGCGGCGACGAAAGCGAAGGAGGAGGAGGGGGCCAGGAAAAAGGAGGCGGAGGAGCUGGCGAAGCAGGAGCAGGCCAAGAAGGAGGCGGCCGCGGCGAAGAAGGAGCCCAAGGAGGGGCCCGUGAAGGAGGAGCCCGCGGAGGCAGCAGGAGACGGCGGCGAAGGAGGCGGCGAGCAGGAUCAGGAGCAGGCCAAGAAGGAGGCGGCCGUGGCGACGGCGGUGAAGAAGGAGCCCGCGGAGGCGGACACCCCGGACAAAGCCCGGGCUGGCGGUGGCGCGCAGAGCGCAGGGGUCGCGGAGAUUGCGGCGCCGGGCACCGCGAACGAGAAGGGCGAGCCGGGAGCGAGCGCCGACGCUUGGAUUCAGGAGGGCGUCUUGCGCAUCACGAUAGCCGGCAAUUUCAAGGACAAGUUCCACGACAAGCUGGCCAAAGUCACCAAGUGCAACCGCAACAGGUUCGUGACCGUGGAGUUCCUCGAAGGAUCUGAGAAAGGGGAAACGAAAGAGUUCAGAAAGUGCAAAGUCAAACCCACCACCCGCACCAGUCCGACGGCUCUCAAGACCUCGCUCGCGUGCCCCGAGCCCGAGGCGUCGGCAAGCAUGACCUCGCAGAAGGAGUCGUCCGCGCAGAGGGCCGCGAACCUAUUCGGCAAGGCCGUGCUGAGGACCGGAGCGUGGAUGCGGAGCAGAGGCCGCCGUUCCAGCGAGUGCGAUGCGGCGUUAAUGGCCGAGCGC